GUUGAUGAUUGCGAAUUCCAUUACAAUAUUUGACCAAAAACGACUAGCGUAAGAUACUUUUAAUUUAAAAACGUCCAUUUCCGGUUGACCUCGGACGCGGUUCCUGGUUACCAUAGUAAAGCCGCUAUUUUGACCCUGUGAAGAUGGCCGGUACGGUAACAUUUUUUGAUUCGAGCUUAAGUUUUUCUUCCACUCGCAGCACACAAGGAUUUGAGUCCGCCUCAGCCGAUAUACCGAGGUUCGUCCCUCUAUCAAAGGCCCAGCACGAGCUCGACGGUUCCGCGCAGGCGCAGGAUCAGAUCAGUCGCUGCUUUAAUAAACUCAGAGCACUGAGAGCCUCUGACAGCGCGACUCUAAAAACCGAGCUCAAUUUACUGUUCGACCAGCUCAUCUCAGAAAACUACAGCCUCAACCAUGACGGCAUUCGAGCAGAGGUUGUGUGUGAGAUGCUUAUACAUGCAAGCCGUCUGGUUCCUCUCAGCCAAGAGCAUCUUAUUAUCAAACUGUGCCAACUGAUUCAUCAACUUCUAAACCAGCUACAGGUAAUAGUGGAUGAGCAUACACUUGAUGUUCUGGUAUCAUACUGCUCACGUGCUCUGCGCACAUGCAGCUCAUGGACUCACCCGGAAGUGUUGCUUGCCCUCUCGUCACUACUGUAUGGCAAUGGGUCGCGAUGUCACAGGCAUCUUCCAGAGCUCCUUGGUCCGGGUGGUAUUCUGGUAAGCCAUGGUGACCCCAGCCAGCCUGAGAUAGAGUUACGUCGUUCUGCUGUGCAUUGCAUAGCUAAUCUAUGUCUCAGUGUUCCUGGUCAGCCAUAUUUAGAGGAGCCAUAUAAAGGUGUAUGCUAUGGAAUCCUCCUGCGGACACUGCAGUCCCCCAAACCACCUGAUGUGGAGGACAUUGUCUUCUGUACAUUACUGCAGAGUGCUCUGAAGGGAAUGCAGUAUUUUCUCAAUGGUGGAAAAUGGAAAGCCGUUCCAAACCAGGAUUUGGGCACCUUAUUGGCCAUCCUCAAAAGAUUCAUGUUCUAUGGCUUGCCGGGAAUAAGUGUGGAAAUGCCACAGGUGUUGUACCCAGCUCCUCUCCCUCAGUAUGAGACUGUUCCUGCUGCAAAACCUGAACCUUCACAAGAUUCAACUGCACAGAAAAAAACAGCUGGGUCCCAACAGAACAAGAAGCGCAGGUCUCGGGGGAAAGGGAAGAAAGCUGGAGCUGAGGGAAAGAAGGAUGGAGAGGAGGGAGAGGGUGACCACAUCUCUGGGCCUCUUAAAACUGGAGCAGGUGGAGUGGAUCAGAGCGGUUGGUCACAUGCCUCACAGUCCACUAGUGUGACGUCCCCAUCAGGAGCGACUCCACAGCUCUACCCUUCCCGGAAGAAAGGGAGCUCUGACUCUGAAUUCUCUGACCCCGAGGGAGGAAUGCAGUCUAAACUCAGGCUGUAUCAAGCACGUGUGCGGCAGAGUGUGCUUCAGUGCUUCCUGGCUGUGGUCAAGUGUGUAGAGAAACGAAUCCUCUAUGGCUACUGGUCUUCCUUUGUUCCAGAUGCUCCUGGGAUUGGAGGCCCUCCUCCUCUUACCCUCCUGACCAUUGCCCUAAAGGACCCCUCCCCAAAGGUGCGGGCAGGCUCUCUGCAGGUUCUGUCUGCUCUUCUAGAAGGUUCUCGCCAGUUCCUCUCCAACGCUGAAGACACCAGUGCACCCCGCCAGGCCUUCACUCCCUUUUCGGCCACAUUAGCUGCCAGUGUAAGAGAGCUGCACCGCUGCUUGCUGCUAGCACUCGUAGCAGAGUCCUCCUGUCAGACACUCACUCAGGUCCUAAAGUGCCUUGCCCACCUGGUGUCCAACGUGCCCUAUAAUCGUCUCAGACCGGGUCUGUUGAGCCCACUGUGGAAACAGAUCCGUCCAUAUGUGCGCCACAGAGAUGUGAACGUCCGUGUGUCCAGUCUCACCCUCUUCGGUGCAUUAGUUUCAACACAAGCCCCCCUCCCAGAGAUCCAGCUCCUCCUCCAGCAGCCCGGAUCCACAUCCGCCCUCAGCACCCCCGGCAUCAGCACCCCGCAGGAGCUCUCUCAUAACUGGAGACUUCCCGCUCGGAGAGACGGAGAGGCCUCGUCUCCUGGAGGAGGAGUUGAAGGGGGUCCGGAGGGGCCUUGCUGGCUUUUGCAGCUGUGCGUAAGCCUGGUCACUCAGCCUCGUGAGGAGCCGUACUCUGAUAGUGACGCCGGCGGUUCUAGUGGAGCAUCGCUGGAACCUUCACCCGUACGACUUGAAGCCCUGCAGGUUUUGGCUCAUCUGGUGAAGGGUUACUUCUCAAUGGUUCAGACAUACCUGUUGGAAUUGGGGCAACUCAGUGCUCGCUGUCUCGCAGAGCAAGAUCCUUCUGUGCAACUUCAUGGCGCUAAACUUCUGGAAGAACUGGGAACAGGCGUUAUCCAGCAGUACAGAGCUGAUGCCAACACCACUCCACAAAGUGCCAAAUGCGUGCCAGUGUGUCAGGUGGUUGAGUUCUGGUCCGAGGUCUUGGGUGGUCCACUGAUCAGUGCCUUGCAGAACGAGCAGCAUCCCACCCUACAGACCAGCGCAUGUGACACCCUCUCCUCCAUCUUGCCACAAGCUUUCAGCCAGCUGCCCGAUAAGACGCAAGUGCUGUGUAUCACAAUACUGCUGGGACUGACGUACAGUGAAAACACACUGGUAAAGCCGGCAGCAGUGAGAGCUCUAGGUGUAUACAUCCUCUUUCCCUGCCUGAGAGAGGAUGUGAUGUUUGUGGCAGACACGGCUAAUGCCAUCCUCACUGCUCUGGAUGACCGCUCACCCAAUGUUCGUGCAAAGGCAGCCUGGUCACUUGGCAACCUCACCGACACACUCAUUGUCAACAUGCAGGCAGUGGGGCUGGAGUUUCAGGAGGAGUUCUCUGAUAUGCUGCUGCUGAACAUGCUGAGAUCUGCCACUAAAGCUUCAGGAGAUAAAGACAGGGUAAAGAGCAAUGCUGUCCGUGCACUUGGGAAUCUGCUUCACUUCCUGCAGCCGGUGCACCUGGGUAAGCCUGUGUUUGAGCAGCCUCUGCAGGAGGCCAUGAGGGCACUGAUAGAUACGGUUAGAGGAGAUGCAACCAUGAAAGUGCGCUGGAAUGCCUGCUAUGCACUGGGCAAUGCCUUCAGAAAUCACAACCUGCCUCUGGGUUCUGCUGUCUGGUCUAAAGAAGCUUACUCUGCCCUGUCCUACGUCGUCACUUCCUGCAAGAACUUCAAAGUACGCAUCAAAUCCGCUGCUGCACUUUCUGUUCCAUUAACCCGUGAUCGGUACGGUGACGUUCACCAGUUUGCAGAAGUGUGGCAAGCUUUGGCUCAGGCCCUUGAACACAGUGAAGAAACGGAGGACUUCCUUGAAUAUCGUUACUGUGCUAGCUUGCGCUCACAGCUCUGCCGUGCUCUCCUGCACCUUCUGUCCGUAUGCCAGCCUGAUGACCUUCCAGCGCUGAGGUCAUCACUGAGUGACCAAUCCAGGCCAGUACUACAGGGCUUCCUGGUUCACUACCUUAGUGAUAAGGGUGUGACUUUGGCUGCUGGGGUUGAUGGUGCUGCAGGGGAGGAGGCUGGGGAUCAUGUGGUGCCUGAAGAUGGUUUGAUGGUGCUCAACGAGACCCUGACCAGGCUGAAGGGCCAGCUGGAAGAGGCCGUGUUGAACAGCAGUGAGGAUCUGAAGACUGUGGUGAAUUUCCUCGAGGAUGUAGUGAGGAACUCUGAGGAGAUGAAAGAAUCGGACAGCAAAGGUUCCUCCCUUACACUCAGCAAAUCACCACAGCGAAAGUGACAAUACAGAUGUGUUCAGCUGUGAUGAAGCCAUAUGCCAUGACUGUCUGAGGUUGAACCCGUCUUUUAGAUUUUAUUAUUUAUAUUUUCAAAAUAUCAAAGAAAUUUCUGUAAAGUCAAAGGAACAACAAAGGAACAAAGUUGUUUGCAUAUUGGAUGGCCUAAGAGUGAGUUUAAGCAAUUGUAUCAUGGUUUUGGCAAUUUAUUUAUUUAUUUAUUUAUUUUUUUACAUUUUUCCUCACUUACCUCGUUGUAGCAAAUUUUCAAUAUUUUUUUAAGUGAUACAGUUUUCUUAAAUUUUAUUAGAACUAUAUUGACAUCUCAUGCUCUGAAAUGUAUUAAUAAGAUAACAGGUUUGCUGGGGUUUCUCAGUGUGUUAGGAUUAAGGCUAUGAUUGGGUUUCUGCUUUUGCGAGCAGCAGGAAUCUCUUGGUUAAACCCUCUGUGAAUAUGUGAAUCAUGAUUACUCACCAUUUUCUUCCAAAGCAACUUACUGUAAGUAUUUACUGUCCCCUGAGGCAACUUAUUUAUAUGAUACCUAUAUAAUUGAGGAGAACUGGUCUUACUGUAACUUCCAUUUCUAGGUCAUUCGUUCUUAGGAUUGAAUCAUUAAUUUGUAUUAGCAGCCAUUAGGUUAAUCAUAAGGUUACCACUACAACUCUUUAUAGACAAAGAAUAUCUGGACACAUUCUGGCUGUCAAAUAUUAGUGGAAAAUGUUAUGAACGAGACCAAAAAAAAAAAAAAAAUUCACUGAGAUAUAUAUAUAUAUAUAUAUAUGUUAUAAUAAUAUCAAGUAUGUUAAACAUUAAAUUACAUUAGGGUUUCAAAAAAAGGUUCAUGACUUAAAAUUUUUAAUUGAAGUAAAUCAUAAAAAUUUAAUUUAAAUAAUUUUAAAUGAAAACAAUCUGAAUAAACAUUUGAACUAUUAAAAAGAUAAAUUAUUGCUUUCCUUUACCUGGACGUCGGUGUGACCAUAAACUGACAUCAGAGAGCUGUGAACAUCUGAAUGUGUAGAAAUGAUUGAAAUGUUAGCCUAAAAUCUCAGGAGGACUUCACGUAAAUAUUUUUAAGUGGUUCAGGUGACAAAAAAGUUUGGGAAUUCCUAUAUUAGGUGAAUGAACAUUACUAAAAAUGGAAACAUGGAAAUGACAUUACACAGUCUUCCAGGUUUGGAUUUUUUCUCGACAUCCAGAAUCAAUAAUUACUGUAGGUCACUGGAUAUGAUGAAGACAAUAUUUCACAGCUAUACAUUACCAGUGUUUAGUAACUGACAUAAUAGUUUCAUUUUCUCAUACAUAUUCUAAUUGAGUGCUGCCUUUAUACUGUACAAAAUGUUGCAAUAUAUCUCAUAAAUAGUAAAAUGCUUUCUUUAAAUCCAGUGGUCAA